CCCACCUCGAUAGCAGUUCGUUAUGAGUCUGAAAUCACGACGUCGGUCCAGAAGUCGGUGCCGGGAUCAGCGGAACCGGUCCAGAAUUAGCAGGUCUCGGUCUCCGGAUGACAGUAGGGAGCGCAGCAGGUCCGCGGACACGAAACAAGCCGCCCGUGGCCGCGGACGGUCCGGCAGCAGAGACUCCAGCGGCGGCUCCGAUAGCGAGCGGAGGCCCGGACCUCAACAGGGACGAUCCUACAGUUCUGAUUCAGAUGAUCCUAAAGUGAGGGGGAAAGGAAAGGAAACGGAGAAACGGAGAGGAGCAUCUCGAGAGAGGAGAAAGGGAAGAUCCCCGUCAUCCUCAGACUCCCGUGAUGGAAGCAGUGACAGAGAGAGGAGGAGACGGAGAAGUCCUGCCCGAGGGAGUCCGACCAGAGACAGAGACGCACAGAGGAGGGAGCGGAACAGAGAUAGAGAGAGGAGGAGGAGCAGCAGCAGAGACCGGGAGAGAAAAGGCGAGAGAGAUAAAAGCAGAGAGCGAAGGAAGAGGACCGAAGAUGGGGAGCGAGGGAGGAGAGAGAGAAGCAGAGAAAGGACCGACAGAGACCGAAGGAGGCAACGCUCCAGUUCACCAGACUCUUCUGAGAGCUCGGGGUCUGAUCGGGAGGUUCAUGAUGGCAAAGAGAAGGAGGCUCAGAAAAAACAGAGGGAUAUGCUGAAAGCUCUGGAGACACCAGAAGAGAAGAGGGCCAGGAGAUUGGCAAAGAAAGAAGCAAAGGAGAAGAAAAGGAGAGAGAAGAUGGGCUGGAGUGAGGAGUACAUGGGAUACACCAAUGCAGACAACCCCUUUGGUGACAACAACUUGUUGGGCACAUUCAAAUGGCAGAAGGCACUGGAUAGAAAAGGCAUUGGCCAUCUUGGAGAAAAAGAGCUUAAAGAAAGGAACAAACGUAUUCAGGAGGAGAACCGCAGAGAGCUGCAGAAGGUGAAACAGCUGCGUCUGGAGCGCGAGCGAGAGAAGGCCAUGAGAGAGACAGAGCUGGAGAUGCUGCAGAGAGAAAAAGAAGCUGAGCAUUUCAAGACCUGGGCUGAACAGGAAGACAACUUCCACCUUCACCAGGCCAAACUACGGUCUAAGAUUAGGAUCCGCGAUGGUCGUGCCAAGCCCAUUGACCUUUUGGCGAAGUACAUCAGUGCAGAGGAUGAUGAUCUUGCUGUUGAGAUGCAUGAACCUUACACCUUCCUCAACGGCCUAACGGUCACUGACAUGGAUGACCUGUUAGAGGACAUAAAGGUGUAUAUGGAGUUGGAGCAAGGCAAGAACGUGGACUUCUGGAGAGACAUGACCACCAUCACUGAGGACGAGAUCAGCAAACUGAGAAAACUGGAGGCCUCUGGGAAAGGACCAGGUGAUCGUCGUGAGGGCAUCAACACUGCAGUGAGCAUUGAUGUCCAGACAGUGUUCAAAGGAAAAACAUACAGCCAGCUGCAGGCGCUGCACCUGAACAUUGAGGGGAAGAUUCGGGCAGGAGGAUCUAAUCUUGACAUCGGUUACUGGGAGAGUCUGCUGCAGCAAGUCAGAGUCUACAUGGCAAGAGCCAGGUUGAGAGAACGACACCAAGAUGUGUUGCGUCAGAAGCUGUUCAAACUGAAACAGGAACAAGGAGUAGAGAGUGAACCUUUGUUUCCCAUCAUCAAAGAGGAACCGAGAAGUGAUGAAGACACCAGGGAAAGGGCAGAAGAAGACCCAGGUCAGUCAUCUUCCUCCUCCACAAAAAACAAAAGAAGCGAAGAAGAGGAGGACGACGAGGAGGCAGGACCGUCCACGUCUACAGCAGGAAACGCGAACGAAGACGAGGAUGGAGAAGACAAGGGUGACAAGAAGGAGGACGAGGACAAGGGUGAGGUGGUGGAGGCCGUGUUGACUGAGGAGGAUCUGAUCCAGCAGAGCCAGGCGGAGUACGACUCGGGCCGCUACAGCCCCACACUGCUCACGUCCUCAGAGCUGCCGCUGGACACACACACAAUCGCCCCGGAAGAGGACACACAUAGGCUGCAGCUGGCCCGCAGACAGCUACAGGUCACAGGCGAUGCCAACGAGAGCGCAGAGGACGCAUUCGUACGUCGUGCCAAAGAGGGCAUGGGCAAUGAUGAGGCCCAGUUCAGCGUGGAGAUUCCCGUCACAGGGAAGAUGUACCUGUGGGCAGACAAAUACCGCCCCAGGAAACCCCGCUUCUUCAACAGGGUCCACACAGGCUUCGAGUGGAACAAAUACAACCAGACCCAUUAUGACUUCGACAACCCUCCACCCAAAAUCGUCCAGGGUUACAAGUUCAACAUCUUCUACCCAGAUCUGAUCGACAAGCGCUCCACCCCGCAGUACUUCCUGGAACCCAGUCCUGACAACAAGGACUUUGGGAUUUUAAGGUUCCACGCUGGCCCUCCGUACGAAGACAUUGCCUUCAAGAUCGUAAACAGAGAGUGGGAGUACUCGCACCGACACGGCUUCCGCUGCCAGUUCGCCAACGGGAUCUUCCAGCUGUGGUUCCACUUCAAGAGGUACCGCUACAGGAGAUAAGAGGCCCCAUACCGACCAAGAUGGACCAGGACACCAGUCAUUGUGUUUUAUUAUCGAGGCUGUAUAGUCAAUGUCCUUUGUUGUAUUGUUGUAAAUGCUUUUCCACUUAAAAU